AUGCAAGUGGGGCAGUUGGUCAAUAUGUUGAAUACUAGGCCUCAAGGUAAUUUGCCUAGAAAUAUUGUGGUAAAUCCUAAGGAAAAAUGUCAAGCUAUCAUCUUGAGGAGCGGGAAAGAAAUUGAGGGUCCUUCUCUAAAGGGGACUCAAGAAAAAAAGGCAGAAGAAGAGGAGAGUUGUGAAAAAUUUGAGCCCCAAGUGGAGGAAAAGGUUACUGAAUGCCUUCCAACCAAGGAGAAGAUUCAACCGGUAGUUGUUGAUUCUAAUGUCAAAAUCCCGUUGGAAGACUUUGAGAUAGUGGCACUUACUGAGGAGUGCAAUGCAAUUCUACAAAGGAAGCUUCCACAAAAGCUUCAAGAUCCGGGGAGUUUUACUAUCCCUUGUACUAUAGGGAAAUUUGAAUGCAAACAUGCUCUUUGUGAUCUUGGAGCAAGUAUCAAUCUCAUGCCUCUAUCUGUUUUUCGGAAGCUUGGUCUUGGUGAGGCAAAGCCUACUACUAUUACUCUUCAGCUCGCGGAUUGA